UAAUUUUUUUUGGCGCGCAUUUUGAGUUGUGUUGAUUUUGAUUUCGAUGGUUUUCCAGUUCGUGAAGCGCAAAUCUCGGAACCGUGUCUUAGCCUGUCAGCCCAAAGGAAAAAAAAAAUCUCGGAACCGUUGCGGGUUGUGCCGGAACUUGAUCCGAAACGGAAGUUUGGUGAAUUCGGCGUGCUUGGGUUUGGUUUGGUUUUUUUUUGUCUUCAGGAGCUGGGAGAAUCAUGGAGACCGGCAGCAACAUCGAAGAGAGCAUGACUACGUACUGGAUGCCGCACAAAUAUGCGUUUACGUGGGUUAUAAACAAUUUCAGCAAUUGGCGUGUAAAUGUGGAAGGAAAGAUUCAACGUUCCAAAGAAUUUCCUUCCGGAACUGAUGAUAAAUUUAAAUGGGUUUUGAAGUUUUAUCCUCAAUCGGAGAAGGAUAAAAACUACUGUUCAUUGUUUUUAUUUUUAAUUUCGAAGAAAGGAUCACAAGACAAGGUGUUUCCCCAGGUUGAGCUAAAAAUGGAGAACUCGACUGGUGAAACUAUUAGGCAGAGAUCCUUAAAACAUGGUUUUUUUGUUCAACACGGUCGGGGGCUUAAUAAAUGGAUCCGCACGGACAAAUUGCUGGAAGCUGUUAAAGACGAUGACCAACUUGUCAUAAAAUGCAAGAUUCUGGUCGAAGAAGUAAUUAACAGCGAGGUGAUCAGGAAGCAUUUGCCAAAACCCUUGGUAAGCUCCUUGUCGAAGGACUACAACACCCUCGUCGACGGACAGAAGUUCGGCGACGUGACCAUCCUGAUCGACGGCCACCGGUUCUUGGCUUACAAAGGAAUCCUCGCCGCCAGGAGCGCCGUAUUUGCUGCCAUGUUUGACCACCAGAUGCAAGAAACCAUCCAGAAUUGCGUCACGAUUAGCGAUGUCGAGCCGAAUGUCUUCAAAGAGCUACUUCGGUACAUCUACACGGACGAGUUGAGCUCGUUGGGCACGAUGGCCCACUCGUUAUAUACGGCGGCCGACAAGUACGCCAUGCCCACGCUGAAGAGCCUCUGUCUGUGCCACAUCCUGGAGAAGCUCAACUGGGAGUCGGCAGCGGAAACGUUGGUGCUAGCCGAAAUGCACAACGACCAGGAGAUGAAGAAGCACGCGUUGCGGUUCCUGAGUGGAAGCGAGGCGGGCAAGGUGACCGAAAGCGGCGGUUGGAAGAACAUGGUUCGAACUCAUCCCUACCUGGUCGAUGAGAUGGUCAAAGCCCUGGCGGCCUGCAGGAUCGCUCAGGCGGAUAAGUGAUUGCGUUCGUAUUCGUACGAUUUUUUUCUACCUGAUGACUCACAUUGAAACGUGUAACAAGUUAAAAACACAAGUUAAAUAAAAACCAAGUUUGUUUCUCCUUCGAAAA